AUGAUGGUGAGGAAUAAUCUGGAUCCACUAACAGAAACGUAUGGUUUCACAUUUUAUUUACAAUAUUUGAUCAAUCACGGUGAAUAUUUUCAAGUAUGUGAGCAUCCGAAUGGUGAAAUAAUGGGUUAUGUUAUGGGUAAAGCAGAAGGUGAGCAUGAAUACUGGCAUGGGCAUGUGACUGCUGUAACAGUCGCUCCUGCGUAUAGACGAUUACAUUUGGCAGCACGUAUGAUGAGUAUCUUAGAAGAAAUAUCAGAAAAAAAAAAGUGUUAUUUUGUGGAUCUUUUUGUUCGUGUAAGUAAUGCUGUGGCUAUCAGUAUGUACAAGAGCCUUGGUUAUGUGGUGUACAGGCGAAUAAUUGAUUAUUAUUCCGGCGAAAAAGAAGAGGAUGCUUUUGAUAUGCGGAAAGCAUUAUCGAGAGAUCCAGAAAAAAAAUCGAUGAUAUCGUUAAAACAACCUGUAACAUGCGAUGAAAUCGAUCUUAAAGACUAG